AGACAGAUUAUCAUUAAGUUUUAAUACCGCUGACGUAGCUCGUCCUGUUACCAACGCGCCUGCGCAAGACGCUGAGCUGCCAUGGCAACGGCGGCAGCUUGUUGCUGCGGAGCAGCCGGUUAGCCGGUUAGCAUGUGUUGGUAAAGUUAGUUAACGUUAGCUGGUUAAACGACACUAACCAGCUAGUUAACCAACCUCAGCUAGUUAACCAGCCUCAGCUAGUUAACCAACCUCAGCUAGUUAACCAACCAGGUGACCGGUCGCGAGCGCCAUGCCCGUCCGCUUCCAGAGUAAGACUGAAUACCAGAAGAGCUACGGGGUUUCCCGGUCCAGAAGUGUGUCUCCUCGGCGCUGCUCGCCAUUGGCCGGCCUCCGCUCCGACCAGAUGGGUAUCAGCAGAGAACCCGGUUUCCAGCGUCGGAAGAGGCUCAGUCCUGGUGGUCUCGCUCAGUCCUGCGGCUCGCUGCUCUUUCCACCAGAUCCCCGGCGCUCCCUCGCUGAGCCGACUCCUCGCGCACACCGAACAGCGCCACCUGCUGCCUCUAGGAGCCGCUCAGCCCACAGGAAGGAGCCAAAACCUCCAACACCUCCUGGAGCACGAGCAGACCCUGGAUCCCCUGCACAGCCUGAAACUCCAGCAGGACCACGACCUGCUGCAGACCCAGGACCUCCUACAGGACCACGACCUGCUGCAGACCCAGGACCUCGAACAGGACCACGACCUGCUGCAGACCCAGGACCUCGAACAGGACCACGACCUGCUGCAGACCCAGGACCUCGAACAGGACCACGACCUGCUGCAGACCCAGGACCUCGAACAGGACCACGACCUGCUGCAGACCCAAGACCUUCAGCCCGACCACGAACUACUGCAGACUCUGGAUCAGUGGAACCAGGAGCUGCUGGAAAAUCUGCGAAGCCCCGCCCCUCCAAGCUUGACAGCCAACCGCAGCCGAGCCGACCUUUGACAUCAGCGCCUGAUGGACAGCAGCCGUCGGCCGAUGAGGUCCAGCAUGCUCUGCGGUGGCGGGCGGGGCUGAGGUCUGGAGGUCGAAGGUCAGGAAGUCAGCAGUCGGAGUACCACAGACAGUUCAGCUGGAAGAAACCUCAAGCUGCUGCUUCCCCAAUGCUGACUGCAGAACAGCUGCUCCACUCAAGCAGCAGAUCUGUGCCCCCCUUUAAGACGAACCCCGUUCCCGUGGAGACGGAGUAUCGGCGCAGCUUCCAGGGUCUGGCCCCGCCCUCAGAGCCCCGCCUUCGGAAACACCUGGAACAUCAGAGGGUCCCGCUGUUCCACGCAUACAUGGCAAAUAAAAAAAGGAGGGAGGAGUCAGAGAAGAAGCUCCACCCCAGACCUGAUGAUGCCACGCCCCCUCCUCCUCCUCAGGUGCAGAGAGGACACAGGAUGUUGACAGAGUAUCAGUCCAGCUUUCGUUCUCCUCUCUACAGGAUCCUGGAGGAAGGCGGAGCCCCGGACGGCGAGGCCCUUCAGGUGAAGGAGCUGAGGCAGAAGGUCUCGUUGUACCGCCAUCGAGGCUGGGGGGCUAAUUUCUCCAGAGGGCAUCUGAGCCAGCUAGUGUCUGAACACAACGCUCUGUGGGAGCCCACAGACACCACGGACUCAACCUCCGACCCCCCCAGCCCCCGCCUGACCUCUGACCUCUGUCCCGAUCCAGACAGCCGCAGCACCUCCCACGUGGAGGCCCUGGACCUGGCCAGCCGCUCCAGUAACUCCAGUAGGAGGUCGUCUGCUGCUGCUGUUGUUGUGGGUUCAGGAGAAACACACAACGUAAACAAAAACAAACAAAUAAAAGCACAAACACCUCAAAGUCCUCCUGCUGAAAGACUCACGGCCUGGGGAGAGGAAGAGGAAGAGGAAGAACAUACAGAUGAGGAGGAGGGAAGGUUACCGACUCCGAGGCUGAAGAUGCUGCCUGUUCAGAGAACUCACCAUGACCUCACCACACCGGCCACUGGAGGCGCUAUACUAGUGGGUAAACUGAAGAGCAGUGAUGACUUUUCUCCAUCCAAACAGAGGUCUGGGUCAGCCGUUUCCAUGGCAGCGGGGGCGGACAACGUGGUCGACGUUCCAGUCAAGCAAAAAGAGGCGUGGCCAGAGAAUAACCCCGCCCGCCACUCGUCCUCCUCCGGCCCCUCCCCCGACCAGAAACCAGCCGCCACUCCUCCCUCUAAACCAAUCAGGACGAAGCAAACGUCUCCAUCCCCGGUAGCCCCGCCCCCUCUGGUCCCGCCCCCACAGCACGGUAUCCAAGGCACCCUGAGACACCCCGACUUCCAGCACAACGGUGAGCUGGGUUUGAGGUUCAGGGAGCUGCAGUGUUCAGGUGGAGGCUGCGGCUCUGAUGAAGACGACCGGCUCUCGGUGAUGUCGUGGCGUUCGGCUGCUUCCUGCUCCAUGGCGUCCGCCGUGCUGGAGCGCGCUCAGAAGAGACGAGAGAACUUCUGGGGGAAGAGAUGACCCCCCCCCCCCCUCCUGACCCCGACCAGGUCACUGCUGUCGCUAUGGAAACCAGCGUGUUGUUUGUUUUUAGUGGAUGGAUCAUUGCUGUACAAUUAGUGAGAAUAAUGUAUUUUUAUAGAUUCAUUUAAGUGGAGAGUCGUGUAUUUUUAUAGCUGCUGAUAAUGAAAUCGUUUGUUUUUACAGUUUUGUAAUUAGAUGCUUUUAUAAAUGUAGUAAUUAUGUAAUGUAAUUUAAUUAUGUGUAUUUAAUGUCGCUGAGAUCAAAGUCAAAAAAGGGACCAGAAUAAACCGACCUGGAGGACAAACAAAUCUCUGGUUUCACACAAA